AUGUCGCCGAAACGCUGCCGGGGUGGGGGAGGGGGCUGGAGGAAGGAGACGGUGGCGGUGAGGAGGGGGGCGGGGGGCGCCGAGCACCCCAACAUCUGCGUGGAGUGCGGGCAGAGCUUCGCCCGCAGCGCCGCGCUGGCCCGGCACCGCAGUGACCACAGGAGUGACCGCGGGAGUGACCCACGGGGUGACCAUCGGAGUGACCCACGGGGUGACCACAGGAGUGACAACCGGAGUGACCACAGGAGUGACCAUCGGAGUGACCACCUGAGUGACCGCGGGAGUGACCAUCAGAGUGACCAUCAGAGUGACAACUGGAGUGACCACAGGAGUGACCCACGGGGUGACCACCGGAGUGACCACCCGAGUGACCACAGGAGUGACCACCGGAGUGACCACCGGAGUGACCAUCGGAGUGACCACAGGAGUGACCGCGGGAGUGACCCACGGGGUGACCACCCAAGUGACCACCGGAGUGACAACCGGAGUGACCACAGGAGUGACAACCGGAGUGACCACAGGAGUGACCACCGGAGUGACCACCAGAGUGACAACCGGAGUGACCGCGGGAGUGACAACCGGAGUGACCACCCGAGUGACCGCGGGAGUGACAACCGGAGUGACCACCUGAGUGACAACUGGAGUGACCCACGGGGUGACAACCGCAGUGACCACCGGAGUGACCGCGGGAGUGACAACCGGAGUGACCACCCGAGUGACCACAGGAGUGACCACCCGAGUGACCACGGCACUGACCACAGCGCCGCGCUGGCCCGGCACCGGAGUGACCACCGGAGUGACCACAGCAGUGACCAUGGCACCGUCCUGGCCAGGCACAGGAGUGACCACCAGAGUGACCACCCGAGUGACCUCAGCACUGACCACGGCUCCGGACACCACGCUGACCACUGGAGUGACCUCAGCACUGACCACAGCAGCGCUCAGCCCGGCCGCUCCGGACAGACGGACACCGGUCACGGUCAGCAGGACGGCUCAGGACACGGGAGUGACCAGGGCAGAGGUCAGCGGGGCGGCCACGGACGGAGGAGUGACCACGGCUCCGGCCAGCCGGACAUUGAUGGGAAUGGCCAGAGGGUCAUCCGUGGCAGUGGUCAGCGGGCUCGUGGCCGUGGUCACCGAGGUGGCUCCGGCCAGCCGGACAUCGAUGGCGAUGACCAAAGAGCCACCCCCAGAGGCGGUCAGCAGCAGGGAGGCCCCGAUGACCACCCCGAUGACCGCCCCGAUGACCGCCCCGAUGACCACUCGGACUCCCACCCCCUCAGCAGUGACCCCUCCACUGACCACUGUCCCCUCACCUGCCCGGACUGCAGCCAAACCUCUCUGAGCUCCCACCUGCGGCGGCACCGCCGCGCCCACGCCGCGCUGACCGACACCUGCGGUCACUCUCCGGCCACGGUGACCGACACCUGCCAUGGCCGUGGUCACUCUCCAGCCACCCUGACCGACACCUGCUGUGGCCGUGGUCACUCUCCGGCCGCGCUGACCAACACCCGUGGUCACUCUCUGGGGACCCUGACCGACACCCGUGGUCACUCUCCGACCACGGUGACCAACACCUGCCAUGGCCACUCUCCAGCCACCCUGACCAACACCUGCCAUGGCCGUGGUCACUCUCCAGCUACACUGACCGACACCCGUGGUCACUCUCCGGCCGCUCUGACCGACACCCGUGGUCACUCUCCGGCCGCUCUGACCGACACCCGUGGUCACUCUCCGGCCGCGCCGGGCCCUGCCCGCCCCAAGCCGCCCAAGUCCCGUCCCCGUCGGCGCCGCUCUGGCCCCGCUGACCGCUCUGGCCCCGCUGACCGCGCUGGCGCCGGGCCGGGCCGGCCGAGCCCUCUGGGCAUCCCCAACACGUGCGGGGAGUGCUGGCAGAGCUUCAGCCAGAGCUCGGACCUGGUGAAGCACCUGCGCAUCCACACGGGCGAGAAGCCGUACGCCUGCGGGCACUGCGGCAAGCGCUUCAACGUCAGCUCCAACCUGAUCCGGCACCGCCGCAUCCACACCGGCGAGCGCCCCUACGGCUGCGCCGACUGCGGCAAGAGCUUCACCGACAAGUCCACGCUGACGCAGCACCGGCGCACGCACACCGGGGAGCGGCCGUACGCCUGCGGGCUCUGCGGCAAGAGCUUCAGCCGCAGCUCGCACCACAAGCGCCACCAGCGCACCCAUACUGGGAGCACUGGGAGCGCUGGGGCGCUGCCGCGGGGCUGGGGGUUCCCCAGCCAGGCUUGCUGAGGGGAGCAUUAAAGAGAUUUGGAAUAAUGGGGGUUUGUUCAGGGUGUUUUGGUGUCUUGGUCUCAGCCCAAAUCCCAGGCCCAGUCCUGGUCCCAGUCCCAAUCCUGGUCCCAGUCCCAAUCCUGGUCCCAGUCCAAAUCCCAGGCCCAGUCUUGGUCUCAGUCCCAGCCCAGUUCUGGUCCCAGUCCCAAUAUUGGUCCCAGUCCCAAUCCCGGUCUCAAUCUUGGUCUCAAUCCCAGGCCCAGUUCUGGUCCCAGUCCCAAUCUCGAUCCCAGUGCCAUCAUCUUGAAGUCAGUCCUGAUCCCAGUCCCAGUCCUGAUCCCAAUCCUGGUCCCAGUCCCAGUUCUGGUCCCAGUCCCAAUCUUGGUUCCAGUGCCACCAUCUUGAUCCCAGCCCAAAUCCCAGUUCUGAUCCCAAUCCUGGUCCCAGUCCCAAUAUUGGUCCCAGUCCAAAUCCCGGUCUCAAUCUUGGUCUCAGUCCCAGCCCAGUUCUGGUCCCAGUCCCAAUCUUGGUCCCAGUUCCAAUCUUGAUCCCAGCCCAAAUCCCCAUCCCAGUCCCAGUCCCAGUCCCAGCCCUGACCCAUACUGGGAGCGCUGGGGCGCUGCCGCGGGGCUGGGGGUUCCCCAGCCAGGCUUGCUGAGGGGAGCAUUAAAGAGAUUUGGAAUAAUG